CCGCCGCCGCCGCCGGAGGAGGAGGAGGAGGAGGAUGAGGCUGAGGCGGCUGCUGCUGCGCUACUACCCGCCGGGAAUUAUUCUGGAUUAUAUACAAGGUGGUGAUCCAAAGACCAGAUCUAUAGAUCUACUUGAUCUUAGACCUGACACAGAUGUCAUAGCCUUAGUAGAAGAAAUUCAAAAACGAGAACCUCUCAUCACAGUUUCAUACAAGGAACAUGUCAUACAUUUAGUACGAAGAUUGCAAGAGAAACUAGGGGAAAAAAAGGAUCACAAGUUCUAUCUUUUUAAGGUACUUAAAACACAUAUAUUGCCACUGACUAAUGUAGCAUUUAACAAAUCUGGUUCCCGCUUUAUCACUGGAAGCUAUGACAGAACCUGCAAAGUAUGGGAUACUGCAUCAGGAGAAGAGCUAUGUACACUGGAGGGACACAGGAAUGUUGUUUAUGCAAUAGCUUUCAAUAAUCCCUAUGGUGACAAGAUUGCCACUGGAUCUUUUGAUAAAACCUGCAAACUGUGGAGUACAGAAACAGGCAAAUGUUAUCAUACUUUCAGAGGACAUAGUGCAGAAAUAGUAUGUUUAUCAUUUAAUCUUCAGAGCACAUUGCUGGCAACUGGAAGCAUGGAUACCACUGCCAAAUUAUGGGAUAUAGAGAAAGGAGAAGAAAUAGUCACUUUAAGUGGGCACUCAGCAGAAAUUAUUGCAUUGUCUUUCAACACCACAGGAGAUAGGAUUAUCACUGGCUCCUUUGACCAUAGAGUGGCAGUGUGGGAUGUUGGCACUGGCAGGAUAUUACAUACUUUAAUGGGUCACCGAGGAGAGAUUAGCAGUGCACAGUUCAACUGGGACUGUUCUCUCAUUGUCACUGGAUCCAUGGACAAAACAUGCAUGCUUUGGAAUGCUAUGACUGGGACACAUAUAGCAACUUUAAUAGGUCACAGUGAUGAAAUAUUGGAUGUCUGCUUUGAUUAUGCUGGCCAGCGUAUUGCAACUGCUUCUGCUGAUGGAUCAGCAAGAGUCUAUAAUGCAGAAACGAGAAAGUGCAUUGCAAAACUAGAAGGUCAUGGCAGUGAAAUUUCAAAGGUUUGUUUUAACCCUAAAGGCAAUUGUAUACUAACAGCCAGCUCCGAUAAAACAGCUCGACUCUGGGAUGCUGCUACUGGACACUGCCUUCAGAUAUUAGAGGGUCAUACUGAUGAGAUAUUCUCCUGUGCUUUUAAUUACAAAGGUGAUAUAAUCAUUACAGGAAGCAAGGAUAACACCUGUAGAAUAUGGCACUGACUGAAGAGAAGGAAAAAUCCGGUUUGGUAUAUGCUUACUUUUUUGAGUUUCAUAGUCAAUAAAUGCAGUCUUUCAGAUCUGUUCUCUUCUACCCUUUGUUUGCCUUCAGCUUUGUGGAAAUAGAAAAGUUACCUAGAUUCUGGUAGGUUUGACUUUUCUGUUGUCUGGUAGAUAUGUAAUUGCAAAAUACUAGAAGUUGGAAGGGACCUCUGGAGAUCAUCUAGUACAACACCCUGCUCAAAGCACUGUCAACCAAGUGGGCUGCCCAGAACUGAUGUGGUUUUGAAUAUCUCCAAAGGACAGAGACUCCGUAGUUUCACUGGGCAAUCUGCUUUGUAUUUGAUUACUCUUACAGUAAAUAAGUUGGGGUUUUUUUUCCCUAUGUUUAAAAAGAACAUUUUCUUGUACUACAAUUUAUGCAUGUUGCCUCCUCACUGGGUACCUCCAAGAAGAUUCUGUCUCUGUUACCUCAGAUACCUGAGAGAAAUCAUCAUUAGUGUGAAUGAAUUCAGUAGGAUGGCCCCAUUUCUUUCUGUGUCAUUUUUGACUUCUAACCCUUUUAAUAAAAAAAAUACAGCAUUAUAGCAGUCUCAGCUUGAGUGUGAAAGGGGUGGUGUUAUGCACUUGCUCUGAGUACUUGUUUUAAAUUUUUUGUUGUGUAAUAAAAUAUUGAGCUAAAAUUCCAGUUUCCCUACUUGUAAUACAAUGUCCCCUUGGAAUUUCUGGAGAAACCCAGCAACUGUUUGUGAACUACAUGCUGUAAUUAAACUCCCAGUCAUGACCCUCUCAUACUUGCCCACAUCUUUCCAUUCAUUCCAUUCCUUUCUGCUCAGCCAUCAUUCU